GGGUGGUUAGGAAGCGUUGAAGGGGUCGAUCGCCCCAACUCUUGCAUCUGCAAGAGAGGUGAACAUUCUAGUUCAUCCUUUUUCUUGCACAAGAAUCGUUGAGCCAUAAAAACCGUUCUAGCGGAAAAAUUCCGAAGCACUGUGUUAGCUUAUUUAUAGAUAGACCUAGAUUACGUUUCACUUGUAUUUAGAGAUUGGUGGUGCAUCGUAACGUAAUAUCGAGUUGGAACUAUUGUUUUUCGGCGUAUUACUUUUGUAAUGUUUUUAUAAUGCUAGCUAGAUUUAAUGUUAUCUAGAUUUUAUGUUAGUUAGAUGUGUUAGCUGUUCUAAAGUUAACUAGUUCUAAUUCUUCUCUCUCUCUCUCUCUCUCUCUCUCUCUCUCUUUCUCUUUAACUACCUACCUACAUACAUAAUACAUAUUACUUAACUGUCUGUCUGCCUGUCUGUCUGUCUACCUACCUACCUAUCUAUCUACCUACCUACUUACCCAACUGUCUGUCUGUCUAUUUAUCUUUGGUCUGAUUUUUUUUUGUUUUACUGAAAUAAGGAAACAUAUAUACCAUUCAUUACGUAUCUGAUAUUGACCUGUGUUCACUUUAAAGUAUACAAUGGCCGUACUUGAACCUUACUUUAUUAAUUACCUCAUGCUGAUUCCAGCGACGUGUAUUAUUAUAUUGCUGUCCUUUCUGGAGAAAAGAAAACAUCGAUCAGACAUUUGUUGUGGACGAAAUGCUCUUGUGAUACCAAUACCAACAUUGGAUGGCUUUGAGAAUCGACUGGCUUACGCUGUAGCAUUUGCUGUCACUAUUGAUACAUUUUUAAGAGUGGUGUUUUUUAGUUAUAGUUUAGGAUUUGUGGCAUCUCCAUGGAUUAAAGUGUUAUACAGCCUACUUCAAGCGCUCAUCAUUAGUAUUCUGUUUCUGCCUUAUUUUGCCUGCAUUAAUACAAGACAUAGAGCAGUAGGAGCCAUCAUCAACAUUAUUUACAGUAUAGUUUGGUUUGGCAUAAAUGUUGUUUACUGUGAUGAGGAAUUUAAGAUCAUAGACAACUAUUUUGCAAGCAAAGACAGUUUUAAAGUAAUCGCAGUAUUUCUUGAUCUACCUUAUUUUAUGUGCCAGUUGAUAUUUAUAUUCUACUGCUGUUAUAUCCUGUACAGGUGUUAUAAAACUAAGUCUUUUGUCAACAAGCAUAUUCCAGGAGCAGUUAAACCUCACCAAGUGGACCAUGUUCGUUGGGUGUUUAGGAAAUCUAAAGAUAAACUUUAUCAAGCAUUACUCACUGAAUCUCAAACAUCUUUUGUGGAUAGAAUGAACAGCAGCAAAAAGCUGAAACUAGCUACAAAUUUGCCAUUUUUCAAGUACCCAACAAAAAUUGUUUCUCAAACUUUGUUUCAACUGGUUGUUGUCUACCUGAUUUCUAUUGGUGUAAUAUUUACACUAUUUUUGGAAAAUGAAAUUACAUCAACGUCACAAAACACAGAAAGUACAAGUCCUGCAACAACCAUUGAAACAAUCAUUGUAGCAAUCAUACAAGCGAUUCAACUAAUCAAAAGCGUUUCAACUGAUUUCGGUAUUUCAAAGAUUAUUAAAGCUUCUUGGUCCAUUGCCUUAGGAGUUUCAAUAUUAAUUGCUAUAUUUAAUAUCAUGAUGUUUCUUAGAAAUUGCAGGUAUCAUUUGUUGAAGUUAUACCAAGGAGACAAAAGCUUUAUAUCAGAUUGGAAGUACACUUCAGCCUCUUAUUUAGCUUCAAGCUCGAACUGCGUUGGCUACAGCAUUAUAUUUACAGCCUGGAGCUUUAUAGUAAACUUCAUUGUCCUAUUCAUCAGUCUGUUUAUAGUGAUUGGAGUUUUUCAUUUUUGUGUUCUGUUUGACAUAAUCUGGGUACUCAUAGAAAGAAUUGCUUUACUUUUAAGCAUUCCAUUGUUCGGGCUGAUCCUUGGAUUAAUAAUGAUACUUCUUAGCAAGAUGUGUUUCUUACAACGGAAACUUGAACCAACAGACAAAGAACUCCCACUGAAUGUCGAUAACAGAAAAGUUUUUGAGAUUAUCAGCUAUUUCAACUUAUAUUUCGGCAUGACGACUGGUUUGUUAGGCUGCAUUAGAAGAUUUCUGCUUUCAGCAGCUUUUGGCCUUUUCUCGUUAGGUCGACUAGAUAAAUCGAUCUACUCCAGAGAUCUGCAGAAGUUUGAUGGGGCGUAUGGUACUUAUGUUGCUAUGUUACAAGUUGACAAUGCUCACAAUAAUCCUUCCAUGAGACUAUUUGCACAUAUUUUGUGGAGUGGAGUUUUGGUUUCAAGAAUUCGUGCUUCUGGUGGAACUGAGAUGGAAAUAGCGGAAUUGAUUGCAGCUCUAAAUCGGAUUGAAGAUGUCAGUGCAGUCUCAUAUAUAGAUUUGUAUGCUGUGGGCACAAUUGUUGACCGCAAGUCUAAACAGUCGAGAACAAGAUGGCUGCUUGCCUACACACUGGUCAACAAUCCACAACUUAAGGCCAACAGAAAGAAAUGUCUGCCGUCCAGAGACAUUGGCAAUCGCGAAGCAAAUCUACCCAUUGUUGUAGCCAAUCCUCACUUCGAGUACAGCACGUUGGCCUAAAAUGAAACUAAAGCUAGCGCUUAAUGACACCGAAUAUGACAUGUGACCAAAACGUUUUAAUGUAGGCAAAACGAUUAUUUGACAAGUUUGUUCAGUUUUUAAAGCUAUUGUAAUUGAAAAAAAAAAGUUCGAUUUGCCAAUAUUUAAUUUGAAAAAGCAGUAUUAAUGGAAGAGUAUUGUAUAUAUGCUACUGCUAUUAUUUAACUAAAUGUUUUACUUUUACCAUUUUAAAUUUAGCUGGAAAACGGUUUAUUCUAAUUUGUAUGGUAAUGCCACAUUUAAAUUGUUUUUAUUUUAUUUUAUUUUUUUUAAAUGAUAUUUUUAUUGUCAGAUAGAAGAAACAAUUUUACAAAAUCUCAAUUUGAUGCGAGAAUAGGUGUGGGAGAAAUAACGUCUAUAAACUUUUGACCAGAGAGAGUGAGUUGAUACAAGCUUGGUUAAAAAAAGAGAAACUGGGUUGGUCGUACGAUGCGCACACUUUUAUCCCUUCUCAGACCAGGCAGUCUAUUGUGCAGAUGAUGAACCGUAAUCUGUAGCCCACAGUUAACGAGGGUAUCAAGUGGCCAGCACAACGACCAAACGCCUUUACUUUUCGCCAACUAAUGUCAGGUACCCAUUAUAACUGGGUGAACUCCCAAUCAUCACUAGGAUUCGAACCAGGAACCCUCAUGAGAGGCUGCCAGAAAUGCUUGUGCUUUUUUAAAAGAUUUUUUUUAUAGUGCAUCUUUCAACCUAUGUCAUGCUAGGAUCCAAAAUCUUUAGGCGAUCAGCGCACUGAACUAAGCUUGAGACGGCAUUCGAACCCGAGCCCCAUAUAGUCGUGCAGUUUAUACCAACCAACCGCACAUCACAUCCCACACAUGCUUCUCAUGAUAAAAAAUGGGGGAGGGGGAAAGGAUACUUAAGACAAUGCCAGUAAGUAGCCUCUAACAAUUGCGUGGAGUUCUUUAGAAGAACACUCACCUUAUAUUACCUUCUAUCUAUCUAUCUAUCUAUCUAUCUAUCUAUCUAUCUAUUAUUACUUUUUUUGUGUUUUAUUUUUGUAUUUUAACGUAUAUUAUUAAUUUUUAGUAGUUAAAAGUUAGGCAAUCAA